CUGUGUGGCGGAAUAACCAAGCUUAACUCGACCAUUACUCAACAUGUUUCAGCAAGUAAAGCAACAAACGAACAGAAUGAAACACAGCUCGCAAGCACACAGCAACGUGUCGACGCCACGUGGACCCACUGUUACUAUCUCCGUGCAACUAAUACUCGAGCACGCCCCGAUGAGUUGUUCAAAACUCUUCUUAAAUGUCUCCGGCCGUACUGCUCAAGUGCAUUUUUCUGGGGAGGAUCACUGGAGAAGUAUCUCUUGAAGAAAGGGCGCUUCGAAGAGUUCUCGUCAUCUCUGAUCAUACAGCAGACGGCGAGCGCCCUCGAGUAUUGCCACAGCAAGAGAAUUGUCCACCGGGAUGUGAAGCCGGCGAACAUCCUGGUCACCGGCAAUGGUGUUGUAAAGCUAGCCGAUUUCGGCAUAAGCGACAAGGUCGCCCUCGGACUUCGAACUCAAGCGCGUGCUCGGAAACGGUGCAAUGAGCACCGUCUUCCGAGCAAUAACAGGCGCACAGGAGAGCCUGUUGCCAUCAAGGAUGUGCAAGAAGCCCGAGGACGACGACAAGUUGGCAAUGCUCGAAAUGGAGGUCAUGAUCCAUGCGGAGCUGAGGUAUUGCACUUACCUCCCUAUUACUGA